GUCGCUCGCUCGGUUGCCACCCCGGCUACUAGUAUUGAUACGCGUUCGUUCACCGACUAGUUUUCUUCUAGUUACCCUUCGUAGGAUCCAACUGAUUAAAUAAUCUGUUACUUAUUAUUUCACAUCUAGUCGUACGAAUUUAUGCGUUUCGUGAAUCAUAGAAAAAUAAUUUAUUAUUAGAAAAUGUAUUUGUUGAAAUUUAUUUGAGAAAUAGCAUCUCAUAUAAGGGAGGUUACAGUAGUGGAAAAUCAAAUAGCAAGAAACUUCCGUUAAGAGUUCUUUCUGUUUACUUAACAAUUGGUUAAGUUGAGUUCUCCGUGUCAUUUGAUGGUUUACAAAUAAUUGAAAGCAAUAUAAUAUGAUAAUAAACUGAUUGAAAACUCUAGAAUCCACAUAAUGAAUAGUGUCGUGCUAAUUGUAAAGACAAUGUGUUGAAAGAAACAUUACAAUAUUGUGGUGAUAGUCACUUUUAAAUUUUUGAAAACAUCAUGAACGACAGUGGUAUAAUUGCUGAACGGCAAUGCUGAGUCUACCUAUAAGUUCGCAGCAGCAUCAUGCGUCCAACAGCAGCACCAAUAGCAGCAACGGCAAUCAGCAGCUGCUGAGUGUCUCUCCAAGGCGCGAUGCUGAUAGGAGACCUCACACAAUUGCUGACGAGGAACGAGUUUUCAGAUCUGAGGCUGGGAGUAUAAACUGCAAACAACCGCUGCAUGCUCUUCUGUCUCUUCAUUCCGAUAGAAACUCCUUGUCACCUCCCCAUCAAGGAGAUGGGUCAAUAUUCGACUACAGACAUAACCCACACCAAGACUCGUGGCUUCAUGAUGGUAGUAGCUGUGAGUCUUCAGAUGGAAGUGAGACCUACAGCACAGGAACUGCGACUACUUCAACACCAGUUGAUCUGCAACAGCAUCAGAAUCACCAAGAGUUGAGCUCUCCAAAUUCACAGUUGAGAUGUUCCAAUUCAACUCUGUCACCGGUUUGUUCGGUGAAGGUGGAAUCGCUGCCCGCUGAUGACUGCUGUGCAAGAACCCCGGCCUUACUCUACUCAUCUCACUUCAACAACCCCCACCACAACAAUGACAGUGACAACAAUGGCAUCAGAAUACCACCAACCACCGCUCAUUAUCAAGCAACCAGUGAUGUAAGCAGUGGCAAUAACGGUGUGCGUUUUCCACCAUCUUCAUCCGUAGCUUCAAACCUUCUACUAGGCAACAGUCCCAGGUGUACCUCAUCCUUUUUCGGAUUCCAUUCUAAUAAUAGUGCAAGGAACCAGAACUCAAGUUCAUCAUCCUCUUACAAUCACAUAUCUGUGAAGAAGGAGCCAGGAGACUUUGUACUCUGCUAUGAAGGAAACGGCUUGGAUUAUCACAGAUCAACGCAGCAGCAACAUCAAUUAUCGGCUAUUUCCUACUUGACAUCUUCCAAUCACCAGAUAAGAGAAUCUAAAUCAUCAGUGACAGUGUCCAGCGAUGACUAUAAACAGAGCGGCGGCGGCGGCUCGUGGAACAGCGAGGGUGGCACAGUGGUGUACUCGGGUGGAUCAACGCAACAGCGUCGGGGAUCUCUGCAGCUGUGGCAGUUUCUGGUCGCACUGCUCGACGACCCCGCCAAUGCGUCCUGCAUCAUUUGGACAGGCCGCGGCAUGGAGUUCAAACUGGUCGAACCCGAAGAGGUGGCACGUAGGUGGGGUGUGCAAAAGAAUAGACCCGCAAUGAAUUACGAUAAGCUGUCUCGGUCACUGAGAUACUACUAUGAGAAAGGAAUCAUGCAGAAGGUUGCAGGUAGGCUAAGUACAAUUUAUAAUAACUUACUGCAUUGUUUAGUAUUAGAAUGAAUCUAGCCAAACAUUGCAAAAACUAAUGAUUUCAUAUUAUUUUCUUUAUUAUAAAGGUAUAACAUUAUCAGAGUGAGGGGGUGCAUGACCUUCCCUUUUCAGCUCAAGUUAAAAAGGCUAAUGUUUACUUCUUCACAUCUUCAACUCAAUUAAUAUGAUUGUGUGAAUAAUGAAAACAUAGAAUUGCCUUCGGAGACUGAGAUCUGUAAUAUGCCUGAUGAAGUUGAUAUAUUUUUUGUAAUUGGAGAUUUCAUAUUUGGAAAAUAUUUAAAAAUGCAUCUUUAUUUAAAUAUUUUCCAAAUAUGAAAUCUGGAAUCGACACAGUACCUAUAUAAGAAUCAAGAGAUGAAUAUUUUAUUAUUUUCACAGUAGAUAUCUAUUUUGAGCACGGAGAGGAAUCCAUUGUCAAAAUGAUGCGCGAGCUAGUAGUAGCAAUGAGUAGCAAUAGAUAGUAAAGUAUAUACUAUAAUCUAAAGUAAGUAAACACUGAGUAUAUUCUAUAAACUAUAUAAGAGAAAAAAUACUGAUUGACAGUCAGCUUGCACUGCAAACUUUUCAUCACUUUGAACUCAGCGUGAUCUCUCUAGUUUUCGAGACAUCUCUGCUCCAACAAGCAAGCGUAGUGUAUUGCGCAUUUCUAUACUAUAAUAUCUCAUUUUAUCUGUAGUAGUCUUGAAAUGACAAAGAUGUUGCAAUUAUUUAAAUGCUAAUGAUUCAACAAUUUUAUUAUCAAACGAAUCGGGAAUGUUCCCGGGCUGACAAAUAAUUGUUGAAUAGUAGCGCUCAUGGAAUUUCCAUCUAGCUGUUUACCCUGUUGUCAAUAUUUGUAGUAGCAGAAGUCUUCGGGGUGAAUUACAGUAUUUAAUUUGGAUUUUCGUUUGAUAAUAAAAUGUUUAAUUUCAUAGCAAGAAAUCUUUUUUAUUGCGAAUGAUGCUCAGCUUUUUUGCUUGAGCGUGGGUAAUAAAAAGUGCGAGGAUGAUUCGAUGAGAUGAUCAAACUCCCAUGCCUACCGGCGGGAUGGAAAUUCACGACCACGUAGUGCUAGCAGACUGAAAGCUACAACACCUAGUCGUCAUACAAUUUCUAGCCGGCAAAAUCUAGAUUUACAAUGUAUGCUAAUUAGAUUCCUUGGUUCGUUUGUUCGGAUUUUUCAUUCAAUUUAAGUAUUCACGAUAACUUUAUGUAAGAGGGUG